AAAUGCGCGGUGCAUUCUUCUGUGGAGGGCGAAGCGAGCAGGCAUCCGCAGGGCAGCACAAUUGCUCGAAAUAUCUACAGUGAUCAAUCUCUUAUCGCACUGGGUAGAAAAAAAAAAUCCCGCCUGGAAGACCACAACAUUUUUUUCUUCUCCAAAUUGCGUUUCGGGGUGGAAGUUGUGUUGCCCUGCGCCCCCGAGGAGUCUCGUACCUCCGCAGCCCCGCUAGGGUUGAUUUGUACCCUACGGAGUGCGCAGCCUUUCAUCAGCCUUGACCAAUCCACACAGCGAGGAGUUACAUGGAGAAUAUCGAUGCAAUGAUCCCGAGGUGAGCUGACGUCCUGUUGUGUCCGUCUGUCAGAGCUCGAUGUUUAGAGGAAACUGAGAAACACAAAAUGUCUGCUGCUAACAUCAGCCCGCUGAUCCUCGCCCUCCUCCUCCUCCUCUUCCCCACGGUUUCCAGCCAACAGGUCCCCUUUAACUGUGUGAUCAAGAGGGAGCAGGAGAAAUGCAUGGAAAUGAUGGCCUUAGAUGAUCCUGGGAAUAUUCCAGAAUUUGGCUGUCCGUGGAUGUGGGACAACCUGUCGUGUUGGCAGCCGGCCACGAUCGGCGAGGUCGUCGAAGUCAACUGUCCUAAACUCUUCUAUCAGCACAUGAUUGAAGAAGACUUCGAGCCGGGGAAGGUGAGUCGAAACUGCACUGAGUUUGGCUGGUCAGAGACCUUCCCUCAUUACAUCGAUGCCUGCAUGAAUGAGGACGGGAACGGCAGCCAUCCGGACGACAGAGUGUACUUUAAGUCAGUGAAGGCUCUGUACACUGUGGGCUACAGCACCUCUUUGGUCUCCCUCACCACUGCCAUGGUCAUCCUGUGCAGGUUCAGGAAGUUGCACUGUACCAGGAACUUCAUCCACAUGAACCUAUUUGUGUCAUUCAUCUUGAGAGCUAUUUCAGUCUUCAUCAAAGACGGCGUGCUGUAUGCCAAAGAGGACAGCGAGCACUGCUUCAUGCACACUCUGGAGUGUCGAGCAGUGAUGAUAUUCUUCCAUUACUGCGUCCUCUCUAACUACUUCUGGCUCUUCAUCGAGGGUUUGUAUCUCUUCACUUUACUGGUGGAGACCUUCUUCCCUGAAAAGAGAUACUUCUACUGGUACAUCAUCAUUGGCUGGGGAACCCCCACAGUGUGUGUGACCAUCUGGGCAGUGCUGAAGCUCCAAUUUGAUGAUAUCGGGUGUUGGGAUAUGAAUGACAACGCUGCCAUCUGGUGGGUGAUCAAGGGACCUGUGCUCGCUUCAAUUAUGAUCAACUUUGUGCUCUUCAUUGGCAUCAUCAUCAUCCUUGUCCAGAAGUUACAGUCCCCAGAUAUCGGUGGAAAUGAAUCCAGUAUUUACCUGAGGUUGGCCCGCUCCACUCUGUUACUGAUUCCUCUGUUUGGGAUCCACUACACUGUGUUUGCCUUCUCCCCUGAGAACGUCAGCAAGAGAGAGCGUCUGGUGUUUGAGCUCGGCCUCGGAUCCUUCCAGGGCUUUGUGGUGGCCGUCCUCUACUGCUUCCUGAAUGGAGAGUAUAUCCCUCAAGGUGCAAUCGGAGAUCAAGAGGAAAUGGCGCAGCUGGACGGUGAACAGAUACUUUGCUGUGGACCUGAAGCACCGGCACCCUUCGCUGGCGAGCAGUGGGGUCAACGGGGGCACGCAGCUGUCCAUCCUCAGCAAGAGCAGCUCGCAGAUCCGCAUGUCCAGCCUGCAGGCCGAGACCCCGGCCACCUGAACGGCACCGCCUCCGCACCCGACGCCACCCAACCUGCCACACCCACCCUCGUCCCAAUGACCAGCCUCACCAACCCGUUCCUCAACCCGUACCCCAACCCAUACCCAGACGAAACCGUGAUGGAAACCCAGCUCAACUCCAGCGACCCAGAACAGCCUCUAGUCUGACUUGUUCCGGCCCUCGAAACAUGACCGCAACCCGAAUGUCAGGUGCCAAAUCACGAAUCUCUUCGUGUCCCGGUUCAGGAGUGAAAAAACAAACGUAGUCCUCCUGUUUCCUGAGCAGUCUCUGGCCUUCAAAGGGCAUGAUUGGGAAUUCUAGUGUACAGUAUAUCUUGUUGGGCUGUAACAUGCAAAAAAAGCAUGGUUAUCUCUCUGUAUAUAUUGUGUUUGUCUGGUGCUGCGGUAUUUGCUGCUGUAAAGCACAGGGCGGCCAGUUUGUUACUGCAGCCCUCUCACAGUGAUCAUUCCAGUCUGUCUCAAGUUUCACCCUUUCCUCCAAAUAUGUUUUAGACUGUAACUAUACACUACUCGUCUCUCAGCUGUCUUGCCAUUUGAUUUAAAACAGACAACACUGGGAAAUGUAAAUACCGUAAAAGGGCCACUCCACUGAUUUUACACGUCACGUUGAGUACUUAUCAGCCUGUGAUGUAAUAUCGAGUAGCUAAAAAAGUAACCCUAGUGAGGUCACAGUGAUGUCAUUAGAGUUAUUUCAGCUUGGGCUUGAAAAAUACACGUUUAUCUGAAAACCUGGAUUACAAACUAAGGGCAUGGCGUUUAAGAGAUGCAGGUAUUUACCAGGCGAGCAGAAUCUGUUGAAAAGAUACAGUUUGCUGCACAAUGAGAAAUUUAGUAUCCAGUGAUUUUGGAGUUUGCCCCAAACUUGGGACUAAAAGUCACGAUAUCUCGUCCUCUGCUGCUUUGAUUCUGACCCGCCCUGAUGUACAGUAAAUACCUUAAAUAAGUAGUUUUGUUAAAUGUGUUGACGACAAUUCAAAGAAUGAAGGUUGCCGCGCACAUCAGUGUUAAUGAAUUGAACUUUUCGCCAUCAAAUCAGUGUUUUUGAUUGAGAUAAGGGUCCGCUGAAGCAUCAUGGACCCCCAGGUCAUACCCAGACAUAUUGAACCCAUUCGGAAAGCUCAGUAUUAUUACUUGCACAAGCCUUCGUUUCCUGGGUAAACUGUGACUGAUGCGAAACGACAUACGAGUGUUGAAGACAAACCAGACUGAGGAAUAUUAAAUGGGAAGACUUUUUAUCUGGAUCUAACAGGUGAAACUUGGAAAAGAAAACUAUUUAUGAGAAGGACAUAUUUUCUACAUUUAUGUGAAAUGCCAAAAAAAAAAAAAAGAAGAGAAAAAACACACCAGGGUUAGAUGAUGACUCUGGAGUGUGUUCUUCGGAUGUGUGCGCAGUGCUGAGGUUUGCCCGCUACGACCACAAACACAAACCCCUCUUUUUAAAUCUCAGCACUGGAAACUAGAGAAGAAGACACGUUCGGAGUUCAGUGCGUCUGUAGUUUUAAGCAGCCGUUAGUACAGAAAAUGUCAAUGAAAAUUAACUUGUGUUCAACUGCUUGCAUGAAGUUGCAUUUAUUGUUCAUGUUGUUUAGUUUACUUUUUUGUGUGUGUGUGUGUGUGUGUUUGUGUAGAAUUCAGAAUCUUAAUUGGGUGUCAAAAUUUCUUUUUCUUCAUGAACUUUAGUGUCUAUCGGGCUGCUGUGGAGGCGACGCACUGUAAUAUUGAUUCUCUUGUCACUUUGUAAAGCCGAGCCUCUUCGGCAGCCUCCUGCAAGACGUUUCAACAUUACACUACUGGUCGUGAAGUGAAGGUGUGUAGACCUUCGGAAACAUCUCAGCACUUCACGGUUUUUCGGAUAAAAUAUCCUGAUUUGUUUUCAAAAAAAAAAUGACCAUUUCAAAAAAAUCUGUUUUAAUUUUCAUUGAAUGAGGGCUUCAUCUUAAAACCGAUCCCCUCGUAUACCCAUCCCAGUUCUAUCUGUCUUGCUGCAGUUAUUAUUGUCUCUGGUGGCAUUUGCUCUCUUUAUGCUUGGAAACGAGCACAUUGAGAUGGAUGUUACUUUCGGAGAGGGACUCUCAUUCCAAAGACAAAUUAACUGACUCCUUUACUGAGUUUUUGGCGCGGCCGUAUCUGUUUGCAAAGGCUGGGUUUAGCUUUGCAACGGAUGUCACUGCAGAUGUUUCUUUUGGUCGACUGUCCUCGGACGUUCGACUCUACUUUGUGUCUCCAAAAGUGCCUUUAAGCACAAAACAAGUAUUUUGACUUCUGUCGAUGAUUUAAAAGAAGAAGAAAGAAAGAGAUUUGUCUUUUUAAUUUCCAAACGAAAACUGCAAAGUAAAAGAAAAGGGUUGAACAAAGUGCUUUUAUGAUGCAUACUGUAAGACUCAAUCAGUAUUUUAAACCUGGAGGCCUUCAAAGUACUUUUAACUUGUCUUUGCUAAAGAUGAGCAGAACAUACGACCGAUUAGUGUUUUAAAUAAAGCAGUGCUACAAGAUAUAUAACUCAGUCCGUCAAUGUACAGUACACUUUAACACAUGCACACAAGAAUACGUAUGUUUUAGUUUUCCUUACAACAGAGAGAAUGUAAAUUUACUGGACUGUAAAAAGUCUCAUGUACCUGAACCACAACAUCAUUUUCUUUAUGAUAUUCUUCAAAAUAUAAUAUGACUAUUCUAUACUUUAUAACAGUGUUGGAAGAGCUGUAUUCUAAUGUUCCACUAAAUUUGACUGAAUUUCAAAUUUCUUUAAGGACAGACAGCAUUUAAACAAACUCCAAAAUAACAACAAAUGAGUGAACAGACAUUUGCUGUUUCCUUUCUGAAUGCACAUUAUUUAUGACUGAUAAUAAUAAAUAAAAAAAAAUCAUCUCAGUUCAGAAUAAUACUGUAGUUUUGUAGAUUGUAGUUUUCCUCGUCAUCAGCUGUUUGAAGUCACACAAUAAACAUCGUUUUGGUAAUGUGCAGGUAAAAAACACGCCAAGUAUGGAGUCCCGAAACUCACAAAACAUCAUUAAAUGUUUGUUAAAGAUAAACAGAAGAACAAAAUAAAUCACAUAUUAUUUUUAUUUUAUAAACUGAUAGGCAGUGAGGGAAAUGAAAAGCUUUUUUGCUAUUUUUGCCAACUGAUUGGAAAGUUAAAGUAAAAGCAUGGAACUUCAUAUUUCUUUGUGCACUCCAUUUUGAUUUUAUUUAUUGAUGUAUUCGGUUAUGUUUUUGACCUGUCUGGUAACUUUUUAGAAACAUUUUGACAGUUUUAGGGCUUCAUUGUCUGGACAUGGUUUUUAAAAAAUACUGAGGUCACGAGUUCAGAUUAAUCCAAUUUUCAGAUUAUUUAUUUCUUUUUCUUUUUUUACACUGUUCAUUUAACGGUUCUGUUAUAUUUUCUGUAAAGUUGAUAUUCCACAUAGCCCGGGAAGAUAAUUUUUUGAUAGAACAGUAUGAAUCAUUUUAUUUGACAUUUAGUUUAAUCUCAAAGCAACAACCUCAUUUUAAAUAUCAACACAUAUUAAAUAUUAUUGGUUUAAAAGUGAAAGUUCUUAAAGGUGGUUUGAGACUGAGAGGUCAUUCCUGAUUUCUUGUAAACAGCAGUUGACAAAAAACUUUCUCUUUACCACGAGGUCCUUUAGCAGCUGUUCUGGAGCUUUCAAACAUGGUCUUCAUCAGCAGAUGCAGUUUGCCCAGUUAUCUUUGAAUUGUAAAUGUUAAAAUGUCUUUAAGAGAACUUUAAGAACCUCUUACCAUAUUGAUCUCUUUUUUUCUUAUUGUUUUUUCAAUGGAACUUGUGGCGAAAUUGUAUUUUGUCUAGAUACAGGUUUAACCAUUUUUCAACACUAAUUUAGUAUUCAAGUGUGCGUCGGGUUCAGAAUAGACAGUUCAUAAAAAAACAAGACAGACACGCUUAACUUAAGAUUGGACCUUGAAGACUAUGGGGGCUGAAUUCAUAAUGUAGAUAAUAAAAAAGGGAAGACUAGGACAGCGCUCCAAUUUGACUUUUUAAUAUUGCCACAAGGACGUUUCGGGCAAGACGCCCUACAGCGUGUGUUUAAACACAGGCUGCUAGUAUUUCCUUUUCUAAAUAGACAGUGAAAUAAAGUAACUAAGUACAUUUUAAUGAUUCAUUUUAACAGGAAAUCAGCCUAAGAAACAGCCUAAAUAUAAAUGCAGUGAGUCCAAAUUCCCAGAAACAGUAAAGAGGACAUUACCUCAGUGUCUUCAAUGGUAGCUACGGCCCUAAAUCCAUCUUAACUUUGGUUAAAAUUAGGAAUGUCCCGAUCAUCAUUUUUGGCCCCCGAUCCCGAUCCGAUUUUUUAAAUAUUAAAUAUCUGCCGGUGUCAAGUCCUGAUCCGAUACUUGUAUUUGCCUAGACCACUGGUUCUCAAAGAGGGGUCCGGGGACCGCCAGGGGUCCUUGAGUGGAUUUCAGGGGGUCCCCGACAAAAAGGAAUAAUUUAUUUUCACUAUAGUUUGAUCCAUAAGUAACACAAUGACAGAACGCUUUUUUUUUUUGCUUAUGGGUUUCAUACACAAUCUGUAGUAAAACAGCUAAAAGCUAAAGUCCUAACAGUAACCCCGGGACAAAAUCGCAUCAAAUGGGGUCCGUGAUCUCUUUUGUGUCAGUUUUGGGGUCCUUGACGUGAAAAGUUUGAGAACCACUGGCCUAGAGCUGCACACCAUGUUUUGUUUACAAAAGUAAUCAAGUUAACAAAGUAAUGUCUUCAGCUUCAUACAUUUAACAUAGUGCAGCUAGCAUUUUUUUUUUGUAAAAUUCAAAUAUAAAAUCAGCUUCUUCUUAGAAUGUUGUCAAAAAGUUGUCAAGUUACUGACGUAAAGGAUCGGAGGUUGGGGGUGACUGCCGAUCCCCGAUCAGUUAAAAAAUGCUCACAUCGGCUACGACCCGAUCGGGACAUCCCUAGUUAGAAUGUAAGAGGUAAUGUCCGUCUACAUCACAUAUAACACACCUUGUUUCAACAUCAUUUCAGUCAUUAGAUGUCAAUGUCCAGCAGUAUCUCUUACUAGAUACUGACAGAGCUUCUAAAACUAUAAGGAAUAAAUGUCUUUAACUACACAUUAUGUCCAGUUUUACUCUAAAUUUCGACACAUCUCUUGACGUGCAAAUUACCAAAUUCAUUCCUUCUGGGAAUCCAGACCGUGCAAAGGCAAAGAGAGGAAAGAAGGGCUGACCGGAAACUGUAUUGUCCUGUUGUUCUGCUGUGUGAGCUGCAAUAAUAACAGUGCAGAUCCAACAGCAGAUCCAACAGCAGCCUGUUUCAUCUCCUGAGGUUUCAGGGGACAGGGCUGGACUAUCACCGCCUCCACUCUGGUUCAGUUGAAAGUUCAGUUGAGUUCAUUCCAGACAUUUUGACAAUCUCACCGGGUCAGGAGCCUAAUUUUGUUGAUGUAUUUAUGAAUUAUUUCCUUUUUUCGUGUUGAUAUGGGAGUUGGAGCCUUAUAGUGCCAGUACUAUGUUGAUGUCAGACAAUGAUGUUGCUAUUAUUAUAAGAAUAAAUAUUCAUUUUGAAUCUGUUGUUUCGAAACUAUAAAGAAGUAGUUAGCUGAAGUGUUUGGAAGGUCUGUAGCCAACCUUUGUGACUAAAUAAACCGCAGUUUAAAUGUGCGAGACAGAAAACAAGCUGCCAACGUUGUUCCUUGUAAAUGGAGUUUUCUGUGGUUCAAAGUGAAUAACUGUCAUUUGAAAAACUUUGCGCUGUGAUUGUUUUCCUAUUUUUAUUCUAUUCUUUUUUCUUUUUUUUAUUAAUGGUGAUCGUGUUUGCUUAAAGUAUUAAGCCUCCUGUAAUGCCUCUGUACUCUCUAAUAGGCUGAUGCAUGCGUGUUAAAUCGUUUUGAUCUCAUUUGACCAGCAGACGUAAUCACAAGGGAGGGUCGAGCUUUCAGGCCAUUAAGGGAAUCUGAGCUGUGGCUUGUUUUUUUGUUUUUUUUUUUCGAAAUGGACGAGGCAAUUAAUAAGCUAUGAACAUGAAUAUUGGGUUUCAACUGUGAACGAUUUCUCAAACCUGUAGCUCUAGUCCCAUCAGGACCCAUCGAAUAUUUUUCCUUUGAAUGUUAAUCUUUGCCAACAUGAGGAAAAGUAAAGUGCCAUAAAAACUGCUGUACUCUUCUUCUUUUUAUUAUUAUUAUUAUUAUUAUGGAUUUUUACUGCAUAGCAUGACAAGAAAAUUGGUUUCAAAUGUUUUUCCUUUUUAGCUUUCUUGAUGGUUAUCUUUAUUGAAUUGCUUCAUUGUACCGAUACCCGUUAGAGGUAAAAAAAUAAAAAAAAAAUUGGGGCCAGCAGUUUGUGUGCUGAUGGCUGAAUGUAUAAGUAACUCUGCUGUGAGCUCUACUGUUUUUUUUUCUGCACAGUGCACCAUUUUAUCUUAUUUUUGUG